AUGUCGAACUCGGGCUUGGGUCCGCCGGGGACAGGCACCUAUGCCUCCAAUGUGCUCAACGUCGGCGAUGGGACAUGGGACUCGCAGCGCAAUACCUUCCUCUUGCCCAAUCUCAUGGGCAUCAACUUUGAAGCCAUGCAGUAUAACGGGAUGGGAAAUAGGUUCAAGAACUUGCCCGGAUACCAUUCUCUUAUACGUGCUCACGGCGCCCUUGCAGCAAUCACUUUCCUCGGCCUCGUACCCAUAUCCAUCUUGCUCGCUCGCUUCUACUCGAGAAGCCCCUACUGGGCUCUGAGACUACAUAUAUGGAUGCAGAUUCUCACCUUGUUCCUCACCACCGUCGUGUUCACGCUGGGAUGGUUCGCAGUUGGCCCAAAGAGAAGCCUGACCAACCCUCACCAUGGAAUCGGCCUCGCUAUAUACGUCAUGGUCAUUGCGCAGACCUUCUGGGGGUGGUUCAUCCAUGGUCGUCUCAAGGGGAAACAUAGACCGCAUCUUUCUCUGAAGAUAAUGAUCCACCACUGGCUUGGUCGCGCUCUAGCCCUACUCGGUAUUGCUCAGAUCCCACUAGGCUUAACUCUAUAUGGCUCUCCGCUUUCACUGUUUAUCCUCUUCGCAUUGGCUGCUUUCGCUUUGUUCGUCACCUAUUUCAUCCUCACUUACCUGCACGAACGCCGUGUUGGUGCAGGAUACGAUCCCCGAGGCCACUACCACGGCCCAGAGGUCAUUGACGACGAUGACCGCAGUCAUGGAAAUCUUGGCCGUUUGGCGGCUGCGGGUGCUGCGGGUGCUGGACUAGCUAUGCUAGGCAAUCGGAUGCGUGGUCGGGGAAGGAGUCGAAGUCGGAGUAGAAGUAGAAGCAGAAGCAGGAGUCGGAGCAGGAGUCGCAGUCGAUCACCCGACACGGCCCUAACGCCCUACAUUAAUGAAAAGGAGUCCCAUCAUGGAGGCUGGGGGAAGAAGCUGUUGGGCAUAGGUGCUUUGGCAGGCGUGUUUGGCUUGGGGAAGAAAGCCUUUGACAAGCGCCGCGAGGAUGAUUACUCCGAGUCGGGCUACCAUCCCGCACAAACCGUCACCGAUAGCUACGAUGACUCUAUCAGCCGUGUGGAAGAAGGUCGACCACCGCCACCGCCAUCACAUCGUCGCCAUGGCCAAUAUCACGGUGCUCCCAGUGAAGAUCAUACCGCUACCUACACAGACACCGAUUAUUACACACACACCGAGGAUUCCAGGCAUGAUGGUGGUGGUGGGCAUCCCGUACGCAAUGCCCUCCUGGGAGCAGGCGCCUUUGCUGCUGUGAAGAGCUUCUUCGGCCGGAAAUCAAAGGAAGACCGUCGAGUCGAGCAGCUAAGGCAAGAAGACCUUGAACAUGAACGAAUUGCCCGGGCAAACAGCAAACGCAAACACCAGGGAGACAGGCGUCAUGCCAGGCCGCAUUCCCCUUCCAGUGAGCUUGUGGCCUCCGAAGCUGCUGCUGGACCGUCAGGCACCGCUGGACGACCACCUCCGCCGGCUGCCUCCUCGGUAACCGACAGACCAUCCAGCCCCGGACGCGCCCGCCGCAGUCACCACAGAUACCCAUCCACUCUCGGUGUAGGGACCGCCGUAGCAGGUGCUGCUGAAACUGCCGGAUCAGGCCACAGGCGACGAAGCGGAAACCGGGAAGACGCAUACGACUCUCCCCAAGUUGCCAUAACAGUCAAGCCCGAAGGACGCCAUGUAACAUUACGGCAGCUUACAAAGGAAGAAAAGCGAGCAGAGCGUGAAGCUCGUCGUCGUGAACACCGGCGUCAGGGCCGAGAGGGCUCGUUCUCAGAAGACGACCACUGGCGCCGUGUCGAAGAACGUGAACGCCAGCAGGCGCAGGAAGAGCUACACGCGCCAUCUCAGUCUCAUGCACCCUCGCAUUCACCAGCACCAGCGCCAUCUCACUCACACGUACCUUCCCACUCCCAGGCACCAGCUCACUCUCAAGCACCGGGAUCCCAACUUAACCCUCCACUCUCCCCAAUGCCCCAAGGCUCGACUCUGCAUCCCCCAGGAUCCAUAGCCGCUCCAUCAUCGAUUCCCGUUCCUCCACCCCCAUUGCCCAUAAGCCAUGCCGGCCUCCACUCCCCAGGUACAGUCAGCACCGAGCUAAGUGGUAGCUACGCCAGUAGAAGCGGUCGACGCCGUGCAGAACGACGCAUUGCCAGAUCUCAACGCCAACACAGCGUUGACUGGACAUAA